GCUUUGGCAAGAGCUCACGGGCGGCGACGAUGACAACCAGUCGGUGGUCGUGGACUUUGACCACUUCUUGGCCGCCCUCCGCGGUGUGCGCGCACAGGACAUCAAGGAAGUGUCAAAACCGGCACCGGCAGCGGCAGUACCUGCAGCUCCUUCUUUGAAUGCUCUGCCCAUUGCCAGGCGGCAGCACGGCGCCGUGGCCUCCAUGAGUUUGCCGGUCAAGGCCAGGGGGGCGAAAGUGGCCCCAUCCCUGGGCCUUCCAAUCAAGGCCCGUGGAUAG